AUGGAGAAUGCAUCAUUCGUAUGGAAAGAUACUCCGUCUCUAUUUUCUCUCAAUCUCAAAGUCAGCAGCGGUAAUUUGGUAGGAGUUACAGGUGCCAUCGGUGCCGGCAAGUCCACUUUACUAGCUGCGAUUCUCGGUGAGAUCAAUCUUUUCAGUGGAAAACUACAACUUUAUGUCGACUCGAUAUCGUAUGCUCCACAAUCGGCAUGGAUAUUUGCUGAUACGAUUCGAGCGAAUAUUCUUCUUGGCAAACCAAUGGAUGAAGAACGCUAUAAGAAUGUCAUAAAGGCAUGUUGUCUCGAUAUCGAUCUACAGAAUUUCGGCGACGUCGGUGAUUUGUUGAUGAUCGGUGAUAAAGGGGUCAAUCUGAGUGGCGGACAAAGAGCUCGAAUAUCGCUCGCACGAGCUCUUUACGCGGAUGCCGACUUGUAUUUACUUGACGAUCCAUUGGCUGCCGUCGAUCCAAAAGUGGCAAAGAAUAUUUUUGAUCAAUGUAUCGGUCCUCGUAGUCUCCUUCGUGGAAAGACUCGAAUAUUGGUUACACAUCAAACACAUUUUUUAGUUGAAUCCGAUCAAAUAAUCGUUAUAAGGAAUGGUCGUAUUGACGAGUUAGAAACUGAAAAACAAGCUGUUGUUGAGCAGUCGAAUGAAACAUCAGAAACGGAUGCAUCGAACGACACAGACACAGAUUGGACACCGAACAAAGCAACAACUGAUUCUAAUUCGAUUGUGAAAGAUGAAACGACACUUGAGGGUGGCAUUCAGUGGAAAGUUUGGUUCCAACUGUUUACCUCACCGCCAUUACGUUGGUUCGGCGCUUUUGUUAUGAUUAUUUUAAUGCUUGGCAGUGAAGCUUUGUAUGAUUUUACCAACAAUUGGCUUGCUCUGUGGUCUGGUAAAUCUGAACAAGAACAAAAAUCGACAUAUUAUAUUUACGUCUAUCUAGGCGUUAUUAUUGCGACAUUGACUGUGGCAUUAGUACGUGUUGCCUACAUUUUCUAUGUUAUGUUAUGCGGUGCCACCUAUUUUCACAAUCAAAUGCUCAAAAGUAUCUUGUAUACGUCGUUACGUUUCUUUGAAAGCAAUCCAAGUGGUCGAAUACUGAAUCGAGCAAGCAAAGAUCAGCUAGUGUUAGACUCAUCUAUACCGCAAGCUAUAAUUGAUAUGAUGCAAAAUCUACUAAUGACUCUCGGUUCUAUCGUCGUCAUUGGAAUGACUAAUCCGUGGGCACUUCUAAUACUCUUAGUUUUCAUUCCUGUAGUUUUAUGGCUGCGCCGCUUUUAUAUACGUUCGAGUCGUCAAAUCAAACGACUCGAAAAUAUCACGCGGAGUCCGGUCUAUGCCUUGUUCGCAUCGUCUUUGGAUGGACUCACCAGUAUUCGUGCGUUUGAUGUUCAAGACGAUUUUUUGAAUAUGUUCAUCGAACGAAUCGAUACUAAUGCACGAUCCUAUUUCAUUCUCUUUAGUACUGGUCGUUGGCUUGGUUUACGACUCGAUCAUAUGACAUCGUUGCUCACUCUGGUGACUGCUGUACUUGCCGUAGCAUUGCGUCACCAAAUCGAUCCAUCGGCAGCCGCACUUAGUAUCACCUAUUGUAUCACUUUAACGGGUCUCUUUCAAUGGGCGAUUCGACUAUCAGCCGAAGUGGAAAAUUAUAUGACCAGUGCUGAACGUAUUUAUGAAUAUGGUCAGCUUGAAUCAGAAAGUCAUCGAAAUUCGAAUGCAAGCAACGUUCUUGUUCAGCCAAGCAGUGACUGGCCUUCUCAUGGUAUUAUCGAAUUUAAAAAUUAUACUUUUCGCUAUAGACCUGAGCUUGAUCCGGUGCUAAAAAGUGUGAAUCUACGCAUCGAAUCUAAGGAAAAGAUUGGAAUCAUUGGUCGCACAGGUAUCGUUACUUUUUUUUUCAGCAAUCCAUCUGUAGAGCAUUUGACUACUGUACAAACAUGA